AUGAAAACUUUAAUAUUUUGGUUCUUCUUGCUCGUUGUCUGUUCCUACUGUAAUCGGGAUUUUAAGUCUCUUGGCCGACAUCAAUGGCGCUGUAAAGAACGGCUUCGUGAGAAUGUGAACGAAAGGAACGAAGGCCCAACACUUGUCACAAACAAUCAUGAUUUGACUCAAAGUAAUGCUGAGAUGGAUGAUGCUGCGUUGAGAAACCAAGGUCGUAUUUCAAACGUCGACUAUGUUAAAUGUUGUUGCGGCAAGAAAUGUAAAGGUUUGCGAGGCUUGAAGGGUCAUCAAAGAUCAUGUCGCUUCAUCAAAGGUAUGUGCUCUGAUUUGCUAUUGCCACAUGAGGGAGAAAUCACAAACGAACACGAUCAAAUAAGUGAUGUUGACGAAGAUAUAUUUAAUGGCACGCCUAUUUUAAAGCCGGGCGUUAAACUUCCAAAAACUGAACAUGAAUGGAAGGAGGCGGAUCUUUAUUUUAGAGCCGAGCUGCCUAUAUUCGAGGUUAGCGAAUGUUCGGUGAACGAUUGUGUUGACAAAAUGACGAAUUUGGUAUAUGAUUACUUUGUAGAAAAUUUCGGUACGGUGAAUAAGUGCAAGGAUUCCAACUCUGAAUGUCAUACUAAGUAUGCUAGUUACUCAAAACAAGAGCUAAAACGAGAACUGAAAGCAUUGAAACGCCAGUCACCUGUUGAUGUAGACUAG